UUCGCUCACUGACUGUGCUGCGCAGCUCCCAGUCGGGUCACUUCUCAGCACUUCAGCGCGAGUCCAGAAUGGCGGGUCGACUUUUCGUGCGAGGAUUUUCGACAGUGUUGCGGCUCAGGAGCCAUGAGACGGCGAGAUCCAGUCAGCGUGUCAUGUCAACAGCAAAAGGGAUUCCGACAGACGAUGAACAGGCCACCGGGCUGGAGCAGCGAGCCUUGAGGGCACUUAAAGAGGGGAAGGACCCCUACAGCAUGAUGAAGCCCAAGUCGUACCCUGGAACCAAGGAGGAGCCUCACAUCGUGCCGGGUAUCGGUGCCAAGAGGCUGGUGGGCUGCGUCUGUGAGGAAGACAACACAGCGGUCGUGUGGUUCUGGCUUCAUAAGGGGGAAGCCCAGCGCUGCCCCUCCUGCGGGUCCCACUACAAGCUGGUCCACCACGAGCUGCCGCAUUGAGUUCACAACAUAAACUUCUAAAUCAUAAAAACAUUCUUCCUCAUCCUCAUAAACCUGUAAA